UUUCCCAGCUGCCGCUGUUAAAAGCUCAGGCUGAAGCUCUAACGCUGCUAGCCACAGGUGGCUACCAGGGAUAGAGCCAGCAUAGUCCUCACCGUGUACCGCGCUAGCUACUGGCCAGCAAUUUGUACCAUCGGUGGCUGCCUGCCUUGGCUCCUAGCGGCAGUGAGGCGGGGUUUGCCACGUGCUUCUGGGGCUGAGGGGUAGAAAGGGCGGUCAGUCAGCCGGUCUCCCCAGCUUCCUUUCCUAGGGCACCCGCCUCCUGCGAGAGCCGGAACUGGAGGCUAGCGAGGGGCUCUUUGGGAGACUUGCGUGCCUUAGCGGUCAUCUCCAGAGCGUCUCUUGCGCUGGCAGCGCUCCAUGGACUCUUUGGCUUGCCAUGUCCCCCCAGUGCUGCUCUCUCUCUCCUUCCCCCAGCCCCUCCUAUUUAUAAUACCCUCUGUCCCAUUAGCUGCUGCAGCCCAUUGGCAUCCACUGGUGGGAAAUGUCUCCAGCCCCAAGCCAGAAUGGGCCAGUGUUGUGCGCUAACCCAAUGCCAUCCCUCCCUGGCACCCCACCCUGCACCCCGUGCCCUGUCCUUCCAGAGGGGGGGCCAUACAGAGGAGGAAGAUGCUUUGCUUCUGCUACUCAGGCUCUGUAUAGUGGGGCUACUCGGCAGCGGAGUUGGGGAGCCAAUAUCAACUUCUCCCUAGACACAUGCUCAGCCCCCCUCCCCAUCCUCUCUCUCUUUCCGCACCAGCCUGCCCACCUAUUGAGUCCUGGGAAGGGUUGAAUUGCAGAGAAGGACAAUUCUCUGGGGGAGUUCUCUGGCCUGUGCUAUGCAGGAGGUCAGCCUAGCUGGUCACACUGGUCCCUCUGGCUUCAAAAUCCAUGAAAACUCAACCUUGAUCCAUUCAAUGGGAGAGCUGGAUUGUCUCUUCCCUUCAUUUUCUAGGGAGCUCAGAGCAUGGCUUGUGCUGGGCAGAAUCCAAAUCCCUAAUCUCUUUACUUUGGCAUGAGUUUCACACUCAUAAAAACAAGGUGCUGAUAAUACUAACUGUAGCCCAGCACAGUGCAAACAGGGCUGGGGAAGCUACUCACCCCUCUCUAACCAAUGCACCAGUCCUGACUGGCUUCCCCCUGUUGUUCCAGACUUGGGCUUCUUCGCUCCAAGCAGACAGCCCCUGCUGUGUUAGCCCUUCUCCUCUCCUAAGUAGACCCUGCCGCUGCUGCCUGAAUAAUAUGAUGUUCUGGGAUGUGUCUAGAAGGGUGCCUUAAGAUUGAGGCUGAGACCCUCAAACUCAUUGCACGUGUGACUGAAAGGUGAAGGUCUCCCAGGUCCCAAGGCAGCAGCUCCUCGGGUCCACUACUGGUUUUGGUCAGGGUGCAGGUGGAGGCUGGAGAAUUGUAGCCGUUUCCUCACGUGGGGCUGAGCAGCCAAACAACAAAACCAUUUCACAUUUGAAGAGCUGUCUUUCCCUGUCUCUAGGCAAUGUGUCCCAAGCCCCAUGAGCUCACUCAUCCCCAUCUGCUUUAUCCCAUGGACCCACUGUAUGCAACUCAGUGUUUGGCUUUGUCCUUGCACCCUCAUCUUCUCCCGCCGUGCCAUCUGCUGUGUCCCUGUGCCCUUAAUCCUUCUCCUCUCUACACUUCUCUGCUAUCUCUGCCCCGCAUUCUGAACUUCUCAGCACAUCCCCAUCUGCUUCUCCCCACCGCCCAGUGGUUUGCUGGAAUUGCCUCAGCGUCCCUCUGUUCUAGCACUGCCCCUGUACUCUUCCCCCUGGGCCUGCCUCUGCUGCCCUCAAUCCCUCUCUCCAGCACCCAGUUGGAUUGUGAUGUGCUUGCUGCCCCACUCUGGCUGGCUCACCUCCCGUAUCGUCUACACUUGGUUACAGUCUGCACAUUAAUUGAAAGGGCUCCGUUACUUGGCAGCACAUUCCCACCGUGAGAAAAAGAACGUGUCAAAGCAGACUUGCCUAACUGGACAUCCAAGGCAGAAGCAACCUGGGUACUUUUUGAUUCACCCAGCGGCUUGCUCAGUGCAAGCAUUGUGCCUACAGGCGGAGGCCUAGGAAUCCUACCUUUUUGCAGUCACCAGCCAGUCCAACUCGCAUUUGUGAGAACUCCUAGCAUGAGCUAUUCAGGAAGCUCCCUCUUUUUCCUACUGUCAACAGCCAUGCUGCACUCCACUGGAACAAGCUGCCCAGAGCUACUGUGCGUAUGUGGUGCAGAGAAAUGUGACAUGCACCCUGCAGGAUGGGGUGGAGAGCUACGUGAAGGCAGAGUAUCACAAGUGCAGCUGGGGGCCCAAGUGCCCUGGGAAAGUCCUGUACCGCACCUUCUACAGACCCAAGUACAAGAUUGGCUACAAGACAGUGACUGAGCUGGCAUGGAGGUGCUGCCCAGGACUCAUGGGAGAAGGGUGUCAUGACAGCCCUACCGAUCAACCAGGCAUUCUGCCCCAGCGCCCCAGCCCUAAGAUUCCUCCUGGUCACAAGAUGUUUCCAGGUCCUAGAGUUCCUCCCCAUCCCCAAAUCCACCCUGAGCCGUUUCCAGGUCCAAAGAAGAACCACUAUGGCAGGAAGAUACCUGGCAUCUUUGGGGACAGGCUGGACCGGCUGGAAGAGGAGGUAAGGCGCCUCUCACAGUCCUACGACAGCCUGCACAAUGUGGUGAGCGGGCUGGGGGACCACCUGCGUCUGGCCAUCCAAGAGGACACCAACAAGAUGAUCGGGUCCCUGAUGAACAGCCCAAGUGUGCCUGACUCAACGGUGGGCUUUGGGGUCAUUCCUGAUGGGAUUGUGGAUGUGGCUGACAAAGCAGACAUCGCCACCUAUCCACCCGUGGGUGAGAUCCUAGCCAAGGUGAGCGAGGUGAGUGAUGUGCUGAAGACCAAGACAGAUUUGCUCAAUGAGGUGCACGGCCUGGUCCUGGACCAUGAUGGGCAGAUCAAACACCUGCUGGAAUCAGCUAGGCCAUCACCCCUCACCUCCAUCGACAUGUUGGAGGAGUACAUGGACACCCGGCUGAGCAACCUGCGAGCAGAGCUGCUGGAUGGCUUUGAGAAGAAGCUGGUGAAAAUCCAGAGCACAUGUGACUUCAGGAUCAAGGAGGUGCAACAGCAGUGUGAGGAGGAGAAAGCUGCCAACUUGCGGCUACAGCAGACCUUGGAUGGCAAGGAACUGGAAAUCAAGAAGGAGAUCUCCCAGCUGGAGACCCAGAUCCAAGGGUUGACGGUGGUGGAGAGCUGCUGCGGCAACCUGAACUACCUCACCGAGCGCAUGGACAUCCUGGAGAAGGGCCUACACAGCAUCUCUGAGUCCCAGAAGAACCUGCACUCGCAUCUCAAUGGUGAGUUCUCCACUGUCACCCUGGGGAGCCUUGUUGAAGGGCGCUUCGAGGACCUGGAGGUGAGGCUCAAUGCUACAGAGAGAGAGACUGGCAGCUGCUGCUCCAGCUUGGAGGACAGCAUGAUGGGCCUUGUGGGGUCAGAGUUGGACGGUGUGAGGACCUCGUUUGAGGACAAAAUGAGGACCUUGGAGGACAGGUUCAUGACCAUUGUGGGGGAGCUGAGCAAUGUCAGCACCCCAGCAGGCCUGGAUGGAGCCGUGAUGCCGUUGCUGGAGGGAGAGCUUGCCAACAUGAGGAAGCAGACAGACGAGAGACUGGAGGUGCUGCAGAGCCAGCUCACCACCCUGGAGAACACCUGCUUACUGGGCUGCGCCUCUGCUUCCAAAGAUGUGGAGACCUUCCGGACAGAAAUUGAGGACUGCCAGAGCAAGAACCAGGAUCUGCUGCUCAGAAUGGACAGUAACAACGACCUCCUGCGCAAGCUGAACGCCACCAUCCUGGAGAUCCAGAGGCGGAUUGAGGAGGAGGCAGCCGGCUCCCUGCAGGGCGAGAUCACCCUGCUCAAGAUCAACCUGAAUACUGUGAGCAAGUCACUGACAGGGCUCAAGGACUCCGUCUCCCAGUACUCCAACACCGUGCUGCACGUCAACUCUUCACUGGACGAACACGAGCGCAAGAUAGAGGACGAGGUGCACUCCAUUCAGGAGAAGGUCAGCGACCAAGGCUCGCAGCUCAUCUUCAGCAACAAGCGCGUCCUUAACCUGAAAGGCGACCUGGAGAGACUCAAAGCCAGGAUUGUGAAUGACCUAAGCAACUGCAAGAAUGCCGCACAUGACCUGCAGAAGGAGGUGGCCCAGUUUGACAGCCGCGUAGCCCAGGUGGAAAAGAUGUGCGGCGGGCUCGGUGCCAUGACGGGGAGCCUGGACGUCAUCCGCGAUGAGCUGGAGAAGCACACAGGCAGCCUGUGGGGCUACAUGGACCAUAUGAACGGGACAUUGGCCGCCCACUCUCAGGAAAUAACUGUGCUGAAGGACAACUUGCUGGAUUGCCAGGCCAAAGUGACAGAGCUGGCUGAACAGGUCACCCACUUGCAAGGCGCUUCAGAGGGGAAGCAGCACUAGCUAUACUGAAACCCACCUCUCUUUACCCUUGAAGAACAGAACUAACUUAUAUCACAGACUCUACUGUGGCAAUGGGUUUUUUUUUUUUUUUAAAUAUAUAUAUAUAUAUAAAUGGAAAGCUGCUAUAAUCCCUUCUCCCAUUUCUUUAACUUCUUUUUCUUGCCUGAGAAAAGUGAAAUCCUACAGCCCAAGUCGACCCUUUGCCAUUACGGAACUGGACUGGACUUGACUUCCUUCUGGUCACUUAGCAGCAGUCCUAACAAUGUAGCGAGAUGCCUGGUCAUAGCUGGGUGGUUAUGUAGCUAUGACCCAGGAAUGACAAUUCAGGACCAAGCUCAAGGCAGAAUCAUUUUGGAGGAUUGAUUACUUCUGAAAGAAUAAAACUCUGUAUUUGUGAGGCAGGAUGGACAAACUCUGUUCCUAAAGGAUCACAUGCAUCUUACCCCCUGGGGCAAAGAGAUAGUCAGGGACCUGCCUUUGCAACACCCACAGGGGACAUUUGGAUUUUAACAGGGAAAAUUCCCUCUGUACUUUGGGGAAUUUUAUUCCCCUUUUCGAUACAAUGGCUUCCAUUCUAUUCAGCUGAACCCAGGUUUCUGUCUCACAACUAACGCCUAAGCCAAUUUAAAAUUAAACGCAUUCCCCACCCAGCCGUUUUGACAAGUAUCAUAGGGGGAUAUGCAUUAAGACAACAUAUGUCUAUACACAAGCCUCUUCCUUCCUGCCUACUCCAGAGUGCAAUGCCUUUGUUCAGCUUCCUCCAUCUUACCAGUUGUGCUAUGGAGCAUACAGUGUGCCCUGUUAGAGAUUCAACUAUUUUAAGCGUGGCAUUUUGUGGGAGAGCAUUUUAGGACUGUAUUGGGCCUGAAUUUAAUAAGAACAAUGGGUGCUGGGGGUCCUGUGUGUUUGCAGAUCAAGGACUGCAAAUUGGACACAACCCUUUGCUUGUUGCCUAAGUAACAUUGGAACCUAGGUCUCCAAAGAUGAAAAGCCAGGGUAUUAAGCCAUGAUGCCCCCCCAGCCCUGGGGAGUGAGUUAAGCAAUAAUGCGGCAGUAGAUAUGUGCAGGUGCUCUUGUCCCAUAAAUGGCUUUACUGCCCAAGAUGCUCCAGGUCUAGAUUUGGAGAAAUAGGAUUUGUGUAUUCCCAGACUGCACAGGGCAAUGGGUGUGCAUGUUCACUAUCCCAUGGUCACGCAGACAGGAGUGGGCAACUGGAAUCACAUCCACUUCACAUACCACAGGACCCCUGAAAGCCUUCUUGUCUAUGUGACUUCCCUAGGGAGGGACUUGCUUUAUCAAGAGCAGGCAGGAGGUAAGGUAAGGGGAUGUCUCUCACAGUGCCUUUGAAAGCAGAACCCUUCUGGGGGUUGGGUGUAUUAAUCAAGGGAAGCUCAACUCAGCAGUAUCAUUUGGGCUUUUGGGAGAUCUCCACAUUUCACCCAGUUUUCCAUCUGGGCUGGAUGAGGCACAAAGGGGCUCAGUGAAGUGUCAGAUCCCCGAGUGGUUCUGGUGAGCUAGGAAUGGGGAUUCACCUCACAGUGGAACCAGGAGGUGACAGGGGCCUCUGCUCCCACGUCUGGGCCAUUUCACAGCUCUAAUUUAAUCUCACACUAGGCCUGCUUCAGUUCUUCUCUGCACCAGCUGCCACUGCAGCCCUGGGCCCUGACUUUCCUCACCAUCGCUCUCUUCCACUCAUUCUCAUCCCGUUCUCCUCCUAUUACCACAUUUCUUCCCUGUAACCCAUUGCACCAGAGUGUCAGGCAUAGGCUGAAACUGGGCUCUGAAGAAUUCGCCCCCUUUGCUCCAUUUCCCCAUUAAGCACAUGGUAGCAGCUUGCCACAUAGGAUGUUUCCAGCUGUUCUUUCUCAUGUGAUACAGCUUUAAUGCGAGCCCCGGCCUGGGAGGGAAGAGCAUUUCCCCUUUAGCUGUCUCAGCCCAGACAAGUAACUUACACAGUGGAAGCAUGGAGCAGCACAGAUAGCCCUCUACAGCAGUGGUUCUCAAUGAGGGGUCUGGGGCCCCCUGGGGGGCCAUGAGCAGGUUUCAGGGGGUCUGCUAAGCAGAGCCAGCGUUCGACUCACUGGAGCCCCAGUCAGAAAGCCAAAGUCCCACCAUGAGGCUGAACCCUGAACCCCCGACCUGGGGUGAAGCUGAAGCCUGAGCACCUUAGCUUUGCAGGAGACCCUGUAGUAUGGGGCCCACAUGACCAAUUAAGAGGAAGAUAAAUCUCCUACUAUCAAGCUUAUCUAUAGCCAGCGUGAUAGUCUGCAUUUUCAAAUAGCAAGUGGCUGAGGGGAGCAGCUCCCUGGAGGUCAGAAGGAAAGUAGGAUGUUAAAGCUAACACAACUGGGGAGGGGGAAUAGUUUCAGAUGGGACAGGGGAAGAAGUGGUGGGGAGGCAUGUUGCUCUCUCAGAAAUGGUGCUAUAUUUGAACUCUUUUCCGGCCAAUCACUUGAAGAGGUCUAUGCUUGGACUCUCCAGUUUAAAACUAAGUAACAUGGUGUUUAAAUGGGCAUUUGUUGCUUUUGCAGGAGGAAUCUGAUUGUAUCUGCAUCUUUGCUCCCUGUUGGAGGUGUGGGGAUUCUGGAGCAGUUGUGAAAUCCUAUUAAAGUCCAUUUUGAAUUGGUUUUUUUAAAAACUUUGUACAGUUGUUCAGAUGUUAAAGCUGAAAGACUGUUUGUACUAAGAACAAAAAAUAAAACUUCUUGCUGAGG